UUUUACACGUCUGACAUUCCUGAUGAAAACCUGUUGCAGGAACCUCCCACUACUUGGCAUAUAGUAUAAAGAGGGGAAGAUUUUGUCUAUUGGGUCAAUUUGAACGAAGACCGAUUUUGAAAAAUCCUCAUUACGGAUUAACAAUGGCGGUUUACGAGGUGACCGUCUACACUGGCGACCGUGUUCAUGCCACCACCUUGAACAACAUCCACAUUAAACUGGUGGGAACAGAAGGCGAGAGUGACCGCACGUGGUUGAUGUCUUUGGUCAUCUUUAGAGGAUCAGUGUCUACUUAUACUGUGACUUGUGAAAAGUCCCUUGGACAGCUGGUUCUGAUAGAACUAGACAAACGAAAAUUAAUCAUUCUCCCUAGUGAUGCUUGGUUCCCAGACAAGGUGGAAAUCAAAUCACCCGAGGGGGACAUUUAUACCUUCCCUGUCUACUGCUGGAUCUCUGACAGCGAGACUCACCGCUACAGAGAGGGCAAAGCUCUGAGGAUCUUUGAAGACAACAAUCCUCUUGGUCAGUAUGCACGAGAACAAGAGCUGAGCCAGCGGAGUAUAGACUACAACUGGGAUUUAUAUCACCCAGGCAUGCCAUACACCAUUAAGUCAGAUGGUCCUCUUGACCUGCCAGAUGAGGUCCAGUUCUCCUUCACCAAGAGUACACAGUUUGCCUUCACGGCGACCACAGGGGUAGCUGAGCUGAAGCUAAAGGGGCUGGUUGACAACAACGACAGUUGGAAGAAUCUCGAUGAUAUCAACGAAGUGUUCCAUAACAAAGACACCCCCUUAUCAGAUUACAUCCAGGAACACUGGAAAGAGGAUCAUAUAUUUGGAUACCAAUAUCUAAAUGGUGUCAACCCCAUUCUGAUUCGUCGUUGCAAAAGUCUGCCUCCAAAUUUCCCUGUGACCAAUGACAUGGUCGCCAUCCCUGAGGGCUCAAACUUGUCUAAAGAGUUGGAGCAAGGCAACAUAUACCUGUGCGACUACAAGAACCUGGACGGGCUACCAGGAAACACAGUCCAAGGGAUGCAGCAGUACAUGGCGGCGCCCCUUGUCCUGUUUCACAAGACACCCAACGACAAGCUGAUGCCAAUCGCCAUUCAGCUGAAGCAGACCCCGGGUAAGGACAACCCCAUCUUUGUCCCGAACGACUCCACCUACGACUGGCUGACGGCAAAGAUAUUUGUGAGAAGUGCCGACUUCGCCGAGCACCAACUCAACUCGCACUUGCUGCGCACUCACCUGCUCGCCGAAGUCUUUGCGGUGUCGUUGCUGCGCAACCUGCCCAUGGUGCAUCCCCUCUACAAGCUCCUCAUACCCCACGCUCGCUACACUCUGCAGAUCAACGAAAUGGCUCGAUCCACACUGAUCGGCCCCAGUGGAGUCUUCACCAUGUUUGCAGCUUCUGGUGGAGAGACUUUGACCAAAAUCCUGGUGAGAUCGCAGUCCGCUAUUACGUAUAGUUCCCUAUGCAUCCCAGACGACAUCGCUGAGCGCGGCAUGCAGGAUGUGCCCAACUACUACUACAGGGAUGAUGGGCUCCGGAUCUGGAGCAUCAUGUUAAAGUUUGUGCAGGGAGUGCUAGAGUACUACUACAAAAGUGACAAUGACGUCCUGAGAGACUCCGAACUGCAGACUUGGAUUGGGGACAUUUUUGAACAUGGCUUCCUUUCACAACCUCAAACAGGCAUACCUCAGAGUUUCACCACUGUGCCUGAGCUCAUCAAGUUUGUCACCAUGGUGAUGUUCACUUCCUCGUGCCAGCAUGCGUCUGUAAACAGUGGACAGUUUGAUUAUGGCGGCUGGAUGCCCAACAGCCCUCCGUCCCUGCGGUGUCCUCCCCCGACAGAAAAGGGGACAACAACCGAGGCCACGAUGUUGGCGACGUUACCCCCCAUCAAUGUAACAGUUCAGGGGAUGGCAACACUCUGGCUGCUCAGCAGGCAGUCGUCAGACUUUGUUUCCCUGGGACACUACCCAGAGGACCACUUCACCGAGGAGAUCCCCCGCCAGCUGCAAAAGGAUUUUAAAGAGAACCUCAACAUGUUCAGUGUCGCCAUCAAGGACAGGAACAAGGAGCUAGAAAUCCCUUACACUUACUUGGAUCCAAACAAUGUUGAGAACAGCGUGGCCAUUUAAAAAUAUUAUACCAUAACAUUUACUAUAACAUCUGUAACAGUCAAAAUUAGCCGGUUUGUGUUUUGAUCUCAUAUUGUGUCAUAAGAACCAUUUUUGCCUGUGUUAUGAUUGCAAUGCUAAAAACUGCAGCGGAACCCCCAAAUAAGCAAAACAAAAUAAAACUCAAAUAAAGAAAAGGUACUCACCA